UUUCCGCUUCGGGAGAAAGCUGGGUUGGGUGUUGUGGAUAUUGUUGGUCUCUGGUAUUCUGUGGGAGUGAUUGUUUAUUGUCACUUUUUUUUUCGUUUUUUGCAUUCAGUUUAAUAUAAAUUAGAAAUAUGCCUGGGAUUGAUAAACUACCGAUAGAGGAGACAUUGGAAGAUAGUCCGCAGACCCGCUCCUUGCUGGGGGUGUUUGAGGAGGAUGUAGAAGCCAUCUCCAGCUACUCCCACCAGCUGUUCCAAGCCAUGCAGAGGAUCUAUGAUGCCCAGAAUGAGCUGAGCGCUGCCACUCACCUCACUUCCAAGCUCCUGAAGGAAUAUGAGAAACAGCGGUUUCCCCUGGGUGGCGAUGACGAGGUGAUGAGCUCCACUCUGCAGCAGUUUGCCAAAGUCAUUGAUGAACUCAGCUCCUGUCAUGCAGUCCUCUCCACACAGCUCGCAGACGCCAUGAUGUUUCCCAUCACACAGUUCAAAGAGAGGGAUUUAAAGGAAAUCCUCACUCUUAAAGAAGUGUUCCAGAUUGCCAGCACUGACCACGAUGUGGCCAUCAACAGAUACAGCCGCCUCUCCAAGAGGAGGGACAACGAAAAGGUAAAGAAUGAGGUAAUGGAGGAUGUGUACACGUCCAGGAAGAAGCAGCACCAGACCAUGAUGCACUAUUUCGGCACCAUCAACACUCUGCAGUACAAGAAGAAAAUCGCUCUCCUGGAGCCUCUGUUGGGAUACAUGCAGGCACAGAUUAGUUUCUUCAAGUUGGGCUCUGAAAACCUCUCACAGCAGUGGGAAGAGUUCUUGUCGAACAUUGGAACCAGUGUGCAGAAUGUGCGCAGGGAAAUGGACACAGAGGUGGAUGUGAUGCAGCAGACCAUCCAGGACCUGGAGGAGGCCAGUGACUUGCUGUACAUGCCCGAUCCUGACCCCGCCAAGAUCCCCAUCAACAGGAACCUUACCCGCAAGGCUGGGUACCUCAACAUGCGCAACAAGACGAGCCUGGUGUCGUCCUCCUGGGACCGGCUGUACUUCUUCACGCAGGGAGGGAACCUGAUGAGCCAGGCGCGGGGGGACGUGGCGGGGGGCCUGGUGAUGGACAUCGACAACUGCUCCGUCAUGGCGGUGGACUGCGAGGACCGCCGCUACUGCUUUCAGAUCACGGCCUUCGACGGGAAGAAAGUGGUGAUUUUGCAGGCAGAAAGCAGGAAGGACUGCGAAGAGUGGAUAGCGACGAUUAACAACGUCUCAAAACGGAUUUACCUCAGCGAAAACCCAGAGGAGACCGCUGCCCGAGUGAACCAAUCAGCGCUGGACGCUGUGACGCCCUCGCCCUCCUUCCAGCAGAGACAUGAGAGCCUGAGGCCUGCCUCGCACGGUCGUCACAAGGCCUCUCGGACAAGCAGCGCCAGCUCCGUGGGCUCAGAGUCUCCCGCUGUGUCAGCGCUGUCCCUGGAUUCGCUGGUGGCCCCGGACACGCCCAUCCAGUUUGACAUCAUUUCCCCCGUCAGCGAGGAGUACGCUGGGCAGGCCAAGAGCUCGGGACAGGCUGGCAGGACGAACCCAUUUGGGGAGUCAGGAGACACCCCGAAAGGGGAAAGUGAAGACUCAAUCCUCCACCAGCUCUACAUUGUGCGCUUCCUGGGCUCCAUGGAAGUGAAGUCCACAGAGAGUCCCGACGUGAUUUAUGAGACCAUGCGGCAGAUCCUGGCCUCCCGCGCCAUUCACAACAUCUUCCGCAUGACGGAGUCCCACCUGCUGGUCACCUGUGACUGCCUGAAGCUUAUUGAUCCUCAGACUCAAGUGACACGUCUGCGGUUCCCUCUGCCCAGCGUGGUGCUGUGCGCCACUCAUCAGGAGAACAAGCGCCUGUUCGGCUUCAUGUUGCAGACAGCAGGGGGGCAGCGAGACGGGCGGCCAGUCUCCGUCUGCUACGUCUUCGAGUCCAACAACGAGGGAGAGAAGAUCUGUGACAGUGUGGGGCUGGCCAAACAGAUUGCCUUCCAUUCAGAGAUGGAACAGAGGGCAUCUCAGAAACAGAAGGAGCUGGAAAAGGCCAAGGAGAAGCAGCAAGAGGAGCUGAGCAAACAGAAACAGAUUGAGAAGGACUUGGAGGAGCAAAGUCGCUUGAUAGCUGCUUCCAGUCGGCCCAACCCAGCCAGUGGUGAUGGACAGUUUGUAGUGCUUAGCAACAGCCAAUCAGAAGACAGUGAUGCAGGAGAGGACGGGCGAAAGAAGGGCGAAUCAGAGGCCUGACGUCUUCUGUAAUAAUGCAAAGAGACUGCCUAGGAGUGUCUGUAGACAGAACCAGGCCUGAGCACGCAGACAGACUGCAGUGUUCCAGCUUGACUGCGUUGAACGCUUUUUAUCAUAUUCCUGUUAACUUUCGGAGAGUGAGUGUGACAUUUUCUAUGCUGUAAAAAAAAAAGAAACUAACAGAAGUAUCCCAAUGAAUGGUGAGCUCAAUUUGGGAGCUCUCCGUGUGAUGUUUUUCUUUAUAUAAAUCCAAUGUUUUAUAUCAGCUUCUUUACAGAGAAGAUAUAUAAUUGUAAACUUUUAGUGUAAGCAUUUUUACUCUGUAUAAAAUAAUGCAGUGCUGAAACCUCAUCAUACUAAGGAAAACAAAUCAUUUUUUGUAAUUGCACGUGUUGAAACAAUGACAAUUAUAAAGUACUCUAAUGUAUGAAAUACUGUAGAAUUAACUAAUAUGUCUUCUGUAUGUCUGUUCCAUUUAAACAUAAGCGAAUGCAAUUUUAUACAACUGCAUGUGCUGCUGAUUAGAAUUGCCUGGAAGUACUGAUCAUUAUCUUUGUUAUUUAGCUAAUCAAACACUUAACAGCUGUGACGUUGUUUACCAUGAAAAUGCUAAAACAGGUUGAAGAGUGACUGACUUUUUUGACUGGCUGUUUUUUGCUGCCUCUUCCAUUGGUGUGACAACCUGAGUUCAGGACAUUUGCUAAGUUAAGUCUGGAGGUGAUUCCUUUUCCUUUAGAUAGCGGUUGGAAUUGUCUGAUCCUAGUGACUUUCUGCUCCGUGCAGAUUCCAUGCCAAACUGGAUCAUAAUGCAAUGGAGGCACCUGAAGUCACUACAUGUUGCCGCUUUUUAGCAGCAGAUGCAAGUUUUCACAGAGAACGCUUGCAGGAAGACUCGGAGAGCGGCAGAUCAAGAAUGUGUACUAGGUAGAGAAACGAUAAUAAGGAUGACCUGUGGUUGGGUUCUGAAAAUCUGUUUGAUUUUUCAAUGCUUUUUUUAGUGUUUGUUUUUUGGUUUUCAUUUAUACAAGAGCAAAUGAAAACUAGGAUAAUCUUGAGACUUGUUCCGGUGGGGUUUUUUUAAUCAGGACGUCAAUUGGGUUUGAUUUAACCAGUUGAUACUGUCAGGGAAAAAACUCUGCUGAGAUGCUUAGAUGGAAGAAAUCAGGCUGAAACCAGAUGUGUCCAGCUUGGCACUCCUGAAUGUCUGGGCAACAUCAGCAGUUUGGGGUCACUUCAUCCAAAAAGGCAGUAAAAACCGAUGCUUAAGGGAAGGAUUAGUGUUGUGGUGUUUUCUGUUUUCCUCCAUGUGUAUGAGUCACAAAAUAAUAAUGUAUUUCUCAGCUGGCAAAUGUGUUUUGUGUUCUUUUAACACAGGAGCAAUGAACCAAGGUUCCUCUUUUGCAGCAUUUCUCGACAUUGAUUUAGACCAUGACCUUUCUUUAUUAGAGGUGUGGGGUUCAAUUUUACGGACUAGUUUUUGAAGAAGAUAAAAUAAAGUUUGGGAGACAAAUUAAGUUUUAUUGCCUGUGUGUGUAGAUUUGUAUGUACAGGUGCAUUUUAGUCUUCAAAAAAGAAUGGUGAAUUGUACAAAUGGUUAAUGAACUGGACGUCAAAUGUCAUGGGAGCCCUUUUUUGUUGUGAGUUUCUAAAGGCAAAAGACGUCCUUCAUAAUCUGGCAUAGUGUUUCUUCCUGCACCUGUGAACAGAAAUAUCGAAAUAUUUUAAACAAAGGGGAAUGUUGUUCAUAACUCCUUCAUUAAAUCAAGUGUAUAAAAGUUUUAUUUUAAUGUUCCGCCAGCCUGGGUAAUUCUAAUCAUGUAAUGGGAUUUUUUGUCUUAAACAUUAUUAAAAAGAAGAGACUUUUAGGGGAAGUGUUCAAAUCAGUGGUUAUUGGUUGUUUCAUUCCUGUUGUGUUCCCAAUGGGUUGGUGUAUACUGUGGUAAUGGAACAGUGGGGUAUUGUAAUAAACGGUUGUACUUGUAAA